UCUGCAUUCUGCAUCAGCUGUGCGCAGGCGGAGGCUGAUCUGAGCUGUUGACCGAUUGGCUGUGUUUUUGUGCAACCGUACGCAACAAAGGCACAAAGGUUUGUCGCCCGUCGCGAAAAAAAGCUGCCGGCGAGUCUGCAGCGGCAAGAGGAGAUGAAAUGUGUUCCCCUGUCCCGUUUCUGCGCUUCAAGGUAGGAUGAAGGAGGCAUUGCGCCGUCCGAACUUCCCCCGUGCAAGGACUGUUAACGUGUUUACUGCUUGUGUUUCAACUGUUUGAUUACCGAGUAUCCGUACGUGAAUGUAGUAUGAAGGUGUCGACACAGUGCAAGAUUCCACCGUCGAUGCAUCAUUUCUCGUUUGGAAUUGCCGCAAAUAUUAUACUGUUCGCUUUUACUGGUCACGUUAGAAGCACAAAUGCGACGAACUGCACGAGCGAAUGCGAAGCGUGCGUUCCAGGGACGUACGCAAGUUCAGCGUGCAAUUGUUGCCCUAUCCGAGGCCACUGUCCGAAACAAGCAGCCGGAAAUGCCACCGACACACUGUGUGAGCCGUGCAUCAUUGGAACGUUCUGCAAGGACGCGGGCUGUCCAUCUUGCGAGCCUUGCCCACCGGGCAUGUCCACAGUACAACGAAGUGCACAGAACUGCACACCAUGCGAAGCAGGCUUCUACAAGCCUUUGCUUGGAUCUGGCGCCUGCAAUGCCUGCUCUCAAGGUAGCUACACCUUGCUGAGAGGUUCUACAGAAUGUACAGUCUGUCCUGCUGGCUUCUAUUGCUCAUGUGCACAUUGUGGUCCACUCCCUUGCCCUGAUGAAGCCAUUUGUCCCUCCGGGAGCAUUCAGCCAACUUAUUGUUACAAACCACUGUUUGUCAAGCAUGGCUAUUCUUGCUACAUGUCUGAUUCAGCGAUUGGAAUCAUCAUUGGUGUCUGCCUGUCUAUUGUCAUAAUGGUAGGAAUCUUAUCGGCCCGAUACUACUACACCAGAUGGAAGCGUCAAUCUCAGAAUCCAACUGAAAUCAGCUCCCUGGUUGCAGAAAGUCGUCGGGACCCAGUCUACACUGGCCUUUAGUCAUGGUUGACACAGGAAUUUCUCGCAAAGUAUCUGCUCACCUAUGUUGACUGAAUGCCUGUUUGAAAAGUAUGAUGUAUCUACAUGAAUUCUGUUCCAAAGACCAGAUCUGUGGCUUUGAAAUGAAUAGUAA